CGGGGCGGGGGCGGCCGGGGGGCGGGGGCGGGAGGCCUUGCGGGAGGCGGCGGCGAGCCCCGGGCACACUCGCUCGCUCGCUCGGCGCGCGGAGCAGCGUCGUCCCUGAGCCGCGCCAGCCGAGCCAGCCGGGCGCCGCGCUCAGCCCCGCUCGCCGCGCCGGAGAGAGCCGCCCGGAGACGGAGCCAGCCCGCCGGCGCCGAGCUGCCGAGCGCCCCGGAGCCCCCGAGCGCGGCGCGGCGAGCCCCCAGCGGCGGCCCGAGGACCUGAGCGCCGGGAGAGGGCGGACCGGGGGGGGGACCGGGAGGCUCCCGGGCGCGCCGAGGAGAGUCUCGGAGGAGGCGGCGGCGGCGCGAGGACACCCGGGCCCUCCUGGCCGCGGCGGCCGGGUCGGAGCGAGCGGCGCGCACCGCACGGAGAGCCCCGGUGGCCGCCCGCGGCCCCCCGCACGAGCGAGCAGCUUGCGCCCCGGAGGGCUGGAGCGCGCCGCCCGCCCUCCCCCGCGCUGUCAGCCCCGCCGGGCGCCGCCGCCGCCGCCGCCGCCGCAGCAUCUUCUGCCCCCGCCGGCCCCGAGGAAGUCCCCGCCGAGGACCGGGGCCCCCGGGAGCGCAGGAGGAAAGACCAGAGACUCCCGUAGAACACCCAGAUGCGGAGGAUUGAAGCAGCCUAGCCAAAGCUUUCUGUGGAUUAAAAGAAAAAAAUUGACACGAUUUUUUUUUUUGGGUAGAAGAAAAGGAGAGGAAGACCAGCGGGGCUUUUUUUGCAAGGAAAAAAAAAGAGGGGGGCUGUAACUCGUGGAUACGUUCUUUCCACCCUCGAACGUCUUGUUUUACUUUGUAAACAUUUUCUUUUUUUAAACCCCAGUUCCAGCCAAACGCCCCCAGACCUCCGUGGUGCGAGGAGGUGGUUUUUUUUUUCCUUUUUCAUUUUGGGCUUUGCAUAUUGCUUCUUAAGAUUUUUUUUUAAGCAAGCCUUCGUCUUGCUCCAGACAUCUCAUGCGGGGUGAAGUCCACUCGGCCCCCUCCCCCGAGGCUUCGUGUGCACGGAAUUCGAGGAGAUCCGGUUACUAAGGAUAUAGAGGAAAAAAAUAAAUCGCGUGCCUGCUUUUUUUUUUUUAAUUGCCUGCUUCUCCCCACCCCCAAAUUAAGUUGCUUAGCAAGGGGGAAAAAAGGCUUUUUUUUUUUUCUCCCCUCCCUCCCUCCUGCAGCCCAGCCGAACGCCUUUCGGGCUUGGUCCCCGCGGGUCUUCCAUGUAGGAAGCCGAGGCUGGCGAGCCCGACCGUCGGGAGCCGCUGCGGGGGGGCGUCUUUUUUGGGGAGGCGCCGACCCGGGCAGGCUCCGUCGCCCCCAGGGAAGCGGCGGCCGCGUUCCUCCGGGGUGCGUCGGGGCCCGAGAGCCGCGCUCGGCGCGGGCCGCGCGGGGUGGGGCCGCCGGAGCGCCAGCCCCCGAGCCCCGGCGGGCGCCCCCGGGCCCCCGCGCGCGCCCCGGCCUCCGGGAGACUGGCGCAUGCCACGGAGCGCCCCUCGGGCCACCGCCGCGCCUGCCCGGGCCCCUGCUGCUGCUGCUGUCGCCUGCGCCUGCUGCCCCAACUCGGCGCCCGACUUCUUCAUGGUGUGCGGAGGUCAUGUUCGCUCCUUAGCCGGCCAACGACUUUCCUCCUCGCCUCCUCGCCCCGCAUGUUCAGGACCAAACGAUCUGCGCUCGUCCGGCGUCUCUGGAGGAGCCGUGCGCCCGGCGGCGAGGACGAGGAGGAGGGCGCGGGGGGAGGCGGCGGCGGAGGAGGCGGCGAGCUGCGCGGAGAAGGGGCGACGGACGGCCGGGCGCAUGGGGCCGGCGGCGGCGGCGGCGGCGGCGCAGGCAGGGCCGGCUGCUGCCUGGGGAAGGCGGUCCGAGGUGCCAAAGGUCACCAGCAUCCCCACCCCCCAGCCGCGGGCGCCGGCGCGGCCGGGGGCGCCGAGGCGGAUCUGAAGGCGCUCACGCACUCGGUGCUCAAGAAACUGAAGGAGCGGCAGCUGGAGCUGCUGCUCCAGGCCGUGGAGUCCCGCGGCGGUACGCGCACCGCGUGCCUCUUGCUGCCCGGCCGCCUGGACUGCAGGCUGGGCCUGGGGGCGCCCGCCGGCGCGCAGCCCGCGCAGCCGCCCUCGUCCUACUCGCUCCCCCUCCUGCUUUGCAAAGUGUUCAGGUGGCCGGAUCUCAGGCAUUCCUCGGAAGUCAAGAGGCUGUGUUGCUGUGAAUCUUACGGGAAGAUCAACCCCGAGCUGGUGUGCUGCAACCCCCAUCACCUUAGCCGGCUCUGCGAACUAGAGUCGCCCCCUCCUCCUUACUCCAGAUACCCGAUGGAUUUUCUCAAGCCAACUGACUGUCCAGAUGCUGUACCUUCCUCCGCUGAAACCGGGGGAACGAAUUACCUGGCCCCUGGGGGGCUUUCAGAUUCCCAACUUCUGCUGGAGCGUGGGGAUCGGUCACACUGGUGCGUGGUGGCAUACUGGGAGGAGAAGACGCGCGUGGGGCGGCUCUACUGCGUCCAGGAGCCCUCCCUGGACAUCUUCUAUGAUCUACCUCAGGGGAACGGCUUUUGCCUCGGACAGCUCAAUUCGGACAACAAGAGUCAGCUGGUCCAGAAAGUGCGCAGCAAGAUCGGCUGCGGCAUCCAGCUCACGCGGGAGGUGGACGGCGUGUGGGUCUACAACCGCAGUAGUUACCCCAUCUUCAUCAAGUCAGCCACACUGGACAACCCGGACUCCAGGACGCUGUUGGUCCACAAAGUGUUCCCCGGCUUCUCCAUCAAGGCGUUCGACUACGAGAAAGCCUACAGCCUGCAGCGGCCCAACGACCACGAGUUCAUGCAGCAGCCCUGGACCGGUUUCACCGUGCAGAUCAGCUUCGUGAAGGGCUGGGGCCAGUGCUACACCCGGCAGUUCAUCAGCAGCUGCCCGUGCUGGCUGGAGGUCAUCUUCAACAGCCGGUAGCCGCGGGGAGAGGCCCAGGGAGCGCCGAGCCGCCUGCUCUCCACUACUUUGCUGCUAACGUCCUCCUCCGAGUGCUUGCUUUCCCCUGCAGGCUCUGGCCGCUGUCCCCGUCCCCAACCCCAACCCCACCCCACCCCACCCCACCCCACCCUGCCGCCCUUUCUCGCCUCACCUCGGUUCCAUGGUUUGUGUUCACCAAGAAAUUAGCUUAUGGAAAGGAUUGUUGUUGGAGGGUUCUGGGCAGCGGGGCGGGGGACACAUGGUGGGGGGCCCCGCACACCCCUGCCUGGAAGAGAGGCGAAGAAAAAUCGCCAUCCCUGAGUGAGGGGUUCAGGGUGGUCAUUGC